AUGAUAAGGUUAAAAACAUGGACAUGGACGUUGCAAAUAGGGACUAUAUGUUUGAUACUGCAGGGAAUCUCUGGACAAACCACACCGGCACCGGCCAAGAAAGCUCAUCGUCUAGUUAUUAUGGACUAUGAAAAAGUAGGAAUAACGAUCGCACCAGCUUCCGCACCGUUACGUGUACAGACUGCUUACAGUGCAGGAUUCGCAUUCUCGCCAGGGUUUGCGCCGCAAGAGUGUACGAACUGUACGAAUGAAAAUGCUCUUACCGCAACGGGGCUCGACUAUAACAAUUUAACUUUGCAUGGCAAUAUAUCCCAACCGGAAUACACGGCAGUUGGAACGUCCUUGAAUAAGGCAAUAAUUCUACCAUCUGUCGAUAAUACGACAUUACUGCCUGGACUUGUGCCGGGUGGUCCAGUACCACCAAGUGGAAAUUCUAUUAGUUCCGUUCAACCUACCGAUACAAACAUGGUUCCCAUCCCUAUUCCGGGAGUGAAUUCAGCGGCGGGCUUUUCCGAAAAUAAAAAUGUUCAACUAUUUGGAAACCCCGAAAGUUCUUCCACUACACGAGCCAGCGCAGCAUCCACGACAAAGAGAGGCGAUAAAACAACGAGAUCGACAUCCACUACGACCACCACCGUUCGACCCCGCAAAACGAAGAAACCCAAAAAGAAUAAAAAGCUCAGAAAGCUCAACCCAGUGGAAACCACCACAACUGCUGGUGAACCGAAAAAUCGUGAAGAAAAGGUAAACCAAGCGCGUAAAAGUGGGAAAAAAUCCACCACAACAACCAGCACAACGCCGGGACCAAAGAAGGUGAAAAAGGAGAGAAAAACAGGCACAUUGUAA